UAUUUUGUUCUGGUUGUGCUGCUGUCAUCUGAUUGGUGUGUUUGGUGCCGAAACAAAUGAAACACAGUCAGUGACGGAGGGAGAUUCUGUUACUCUACACACUGAUGUUACUCAAAUACAUGAAGAUGAUGAAAUAAUGUGGAAUUUUGGAGCUAAAAACACUCCAAUAGCUAAAAUAAACAGAGCUUCUGGAAUCUUCUUCACAUGUAAUGAUGGGAGAUUCAGAGACAGACUGAAGCUGGACGAUCAAACUGGAUCUCUGACCAUCACAAACAUCACAACUCAACACGCUGGACGUUAUGAAGUAAAGAUAUUUGCAGCUAAACUUUCAUCAAAAACAUUCAGUGUUUAUGUCUAUGCUCGUCUCUCUGUUCCUGUCAUCAGCAGUAACUCUUCACAAUGUUCUUCAUCAUCAUCAUCAUAUUGUUCAUUGUUGUGUUCAGUGGUGAAUGUGGGUCAUGUGACUCUCUCCUGGUACAAAGGACACAGUUUAUUGUCCAGCAUCAGUGUGUCUGAUCUCAGCAUCAGUCUCUCUCUACCUCUGGAGGUGGAAUAUCAGGAUAAAAACACCUACAGCUGUGUGCUCAACAAUCCCAUCAGCAACCAGACCACACAUCUGGACAUCAGUCAACUCUGUCAUGCAUGUUCAGGUCCUCCAGAAGACUCUGUAUCUCUGAUAGUGUUGAUUGCUGCUGCUGCUGGAUCUCUGUUGAUUGUCGCUGCAGUCGGGAUCUUCUGCAUCUGCAGGAAACACAGCAAAACUGAUCAAGAAGGCAAGUGUUACCGCUUUUAA